AUGUCGGGGGCCAAGUGGCGGGAGGGGGUCAUUGCGAAUUGGCACGCAAAGGCCCCGGACUAUGUCAAGAAGCUGCACCAGUGCCCGCCCUACAAGACAGCGAGCACAGCGGUGCUCCUGUCGCGGGUCGUGAAGAUCGUCCCAGACCUGCGGCGUGGCCUGGCCUGGCACCGGGACGGGAAGCCGUUCCGGAAGCUCAGGCACCAGGCCUACGUCGGCAGGCAGCGGGCCAUCACCCGGCUGGCGGAGCAGUUCCGCGCGCCCCCCGGCAUGACUACAGUCGUGGGCGUGGGCAACUGGUCGGCCCAGGACAGAGGGGGCAUCAUGCGGGGGACACCGCCUGGGCCUUGGAUCCGCUUCUUGCGGCGCCUGCGGCGGGUGUGCAGGGUGGUGGUGGUUGACGAGCACAGGUCAUCAAAGCUGUGUUGCGCCUGUCACGCCACCCUGCACGCCCACCAGUACGUGCGGGUGCGCAAUGGCGAGGAGAAGCUGGUGGACGUGUGGGACACCAAGCGGUGCGGCAACAAGGCCUGCAAGGUCAACGUUGUCAACCGCGACGUCAACGGAGCUGCCAACAUGCUUAUGCUGACCAAGCCGACCAGGAACCCGGUGGCCACGGGGGCCACCGAGAGGGAGAGCCCCGAUGCGGAUGAGGAGGGCCGUGCUAACCCCGAAACGGACAGCUUAUCCCUCCUAGAUACCUUGGUGGAGAGCAUCGACCCUGCGCAGGCAAAUCCAACCCCUGCCAGCGGCCCCACCCCCAAGAAGACCCUGGCGGAGCGGCUGGAGCUGGCGUACAAUGGGGAGGAGGGGUCGGAGCUGGCGGCCCUGCGCAAGCGCCAGAACGCGCGACAGCAGCGCAUGGACGAAGACCAGUCUGGCUACUUGGACCACCUGGCAAACGGGUGGGGGGCACGCAGCUCCUACUGA